AAUAAUAAUAAUGGUAUAGUUUGAUACCCACCACUAAAAGUUAGAAAAAAUGGGGGUUUAUAUCUCAACUCACUCAGUCUCCCCUACUACCUCUCCAUUCAUCAUCUUUCCAUUUUCUCUCUCCAUUUUUGCUCUCCUCUCUUCUGUUGAGAGGAGUAUAUCUUAUUGAAGAUGUCAGAUUUGGAUGUUCCCUUGCGUCCUAAGAGGAAGAAGACCUUGGUGGACUUUUUUGUCCAGUUCCGAUGGAUUAUUGUUAUAUUUGUAGUCCUUCCAAUCUCUGCUACCAUCUAUUUCUUCCUAUAUCUUGGUGAUGUUAGAUCUGAGUGGAAGUCCUACAAGAGUCGCCAAAAAGAACAUGAUGAAAAUGUGAAGAAAGUUGUUAAACGUCUCAAAUCGAGGAAUCCAGCCAAAGAUGGCCUGGUUUGCACAGCUAGGAAGCCAUGGAUUGCUGUGGGAAUGAGAAAUGUGGAUUACAAGAGGGUUCGCCACUACGAGAUCGAUCUCUCAGCCUUUAGGAAUAUUAUUGAUAUUGACAAAGAGAACAUGAUAGCCAAGGUUGAGCCUCUGGUCAAUAUGGGACAGAUUACAAGAGCAACGGUGCCUUUGAAUCUCGCUCUAGCAGUAGUUGCUGAGUUGGAUGAUCUCACUGUAGGUGGUCUUAUUAAUGGCUAUGGUAUUGAAGGAAGCUCCCAUAUCUAUGGCCUAUUUGCUGACACAGUUGUCGCUUAUGAGUUAGUUCUGGCUGAUGGACGGGUUGUCAGAGCCACCAGGGAUAAUGAGUAUUCUGACCUUUUCUAUACUGUUCCAUGGUCUCAGGGUACUCUAGGAUUUCUUGUUUCAGCUGAAAUUAAGCUUAUCCCAAUAAAGGAAUACAUGAGGUUGACAUACACUCCUGUGAAAGGCAAUUUGCAAGACAUUGCCCAGGGUUAUAUUGAUUCUUUUGCACCCAAAGAUGGUGAUCAAGACAAUCCUGAGAAGGUCCCCGAAUUUGUGGAGGGCAUGGUUUACAAUGCAUCUGAAGGUGUGAUGAUGACCGGAAGAUAUGCUUCCAAAGAAGAGGCCAAGAAGAAGGGUAAUGUGAUCAAUAGCUGUGGAUGGUGGUUCAAGCCGUGGUUCUAUCAGCAUGCUCAGACAGCCCUCGACAGAGGAGAGUUUGUGGAAUACAUUCCUACCAGGGAGUAUUAUCACAGGCAUACAAGAUCUCUGUACUGGGAAGGAAAACUUAUCAUUCCAUUUGGUGAUCAGUUGUGGUUCAGAUUUCUUCUUGGUUGGUUGAUGCCACCAAAGGUUUCCCUUCUUAAAGCAACUCAAGGUGAAGCCAUUAGAAACUAUUACCAUGAGAAUCAUGUGAUUCAGGACAUGCUUGUUCCUCUUUACAAGGUUGGGGAUGCUCUUGAAUGGGUUCAUCGUGAAAUGGAGGUCUACCCACUUUGGCUCUGCCCACACAGGCUGUUCAAGCUGCCCCUCAAAACCAUGAUAUAUCCUGAACCGGGCUUUGAGCAGCACAAGAGACAGGGUGACACGAGUUAUGCUCAGAUGUACACUGAUGUUGGAGUGUACUAUGCACCGGGACCUAUUCUACGUGGUGAGGUAUUUGAUGGUGCUGAAGCAGUUCGUAAGAUGGAGAAGUGGUUGAUUGAAAACCAUGGAUUCCAGCCACAAUAUGCUGUCUCUGAGCUAAAUGAAAAAGACUUUUGGAGGAUGUUUGAUGCCUCACUGUAUGAGAAGACAAGGAGGAAAUAUGGUGCAGUUGGAACUUUCAUGAGUGUAUACUACAAGUCCAAGAAGGGACGUAAGAGCGAGAAGGAGGUAGCAGAGGCUGAGCAAGAGCGAGCUGAGGUCGAAACACCUGAUGCUGAGACUGAUUAGUGAUUAGUUUUUAUUGUUUGGAAUUGGUAUGAGUUGAAUUCAUUCCCAGACUCUUUUGUAGCUGGAUUUCUUGCUUUAUCUUCCUAGAUGGACGGACGGACGCGAACAUUUGUUCCAUUUCGUCCCCCUUUGUUUGAUUGUUGUAGCUUGCACUUUUUGGCUAUAUUGGCUCAACUGUGCUCCUAACUGGUUAGACUUGUGUUUUGAACCAUCGGUUUUCCCUUUUCUUUUUACUAAUGGUAAAAUUUCUAGUUGGAGUUCAA